AUGCCUUCCCCUGCUUCCCACGACAUCUUUGCCAUAGAGCUAGAGAGGCUCCGAAACCUCAUGACUCUGGACAAGGAGGCUGGUUGCACUGGACCAGCCCUCGGCCAGUGGGUGAAGAUGCAGCAGGAUGCUGCACGCCAGCAAGAUGAAGAAAGAGAAAACCAGAGAAAACCCAGAGAAGCAGAGAGAAAAGAGAAAGAAGCAGAGAGGAAGGAAAGAGAAGAAGAGAGAAAGCAUGAGCUAGCUCUCAUAGAUGAAGAAAUCACUCUGCAAGUUUCCAGACGUACACCCACUGUGCCUCACAGUCCUGCCGCAUCCUUCCAGCCUCUUACCAUUUCACCACCUGCCUCCUCCAUUUCGGAAGUGAGCCAACCAGUUAACCCCGGACUUGUUCCGGAGGGAAAUUCAAAGGAAGAUUCCUUAACCUCCUCACCUCAAAUUACUGCCAGAGAGGACUCUUCACAUGUGCCAGAGCGCACUGCAAGUCUUGGUGACUCCGCAGCUUCGCAAUCUGUGGUGCCAUCUCGGCUCCAUCAUCCAGUGCCAAGGAUGAAGUUCUGGAACAAGUUCUGCCAGGACUGUGGCCGCAAGGGUCACAUGUCUGCAAAUUACGGAGGGUGUGCUAAUCACAAUAUUCCCACCAUCGGAAUGGCAUUACCAAUUCAUCUUCGCUAG